AUGACAAAUAAUAAAAAUAAUAAGGCCAUCAUAGCAUAUAUGAUAAAGAAAGAUAUAAAAUACUGCCAAGCAGUAGUCUCGUCCACGCCAAUUUUGAACCGAGAGUAUAAACCAAAAACAAAAAUUUUUGAUUUCACUAUAGAAAAAGUUACUUUAGCUCCAGAUGGAUUUACUCGUCAAUUAUCAACCGUUAAUGGUCAAUAUCCUGGACCAACCAUAGAAGCUAACAAGGGAGACCGUAUUUUGUUGAAAAUCCAUAAUAAAUUGGGUGAACCAACAGCUAUGCAUGCGCAUGGAAUGCUUCAAAAUGGAACUCCCUGGUUCGAUGGAGUACCAUGGAUGGCUCAAUGCGUUAUACCAGACAAUUACGAUUUCACCUACGAUUUCACUGUUCCCAACGAAGUCGGCACUCAUUGGUAUCAUGCGCAUGAAACGUUGCAAUAUGUUGAUGGAGUUUUUGGCCCAACGAUUCCUACACCUACAGUUCCCGAUAACGGUUUGAUCAAUGGAAAAAAUAAUUUCGAUUGCUCCAAGGCCCCAUCGGGUUCUAAAUGUGUGGAUAAUGCCGGUCUUGCUACAUUUGAAUUUGUUCAAAAUAAAAAAUAUCGCCUUCGUAUCAUUAAUACUAGCGCAUUUUCGUCAUUCUUCUUUUCCAUUGAUAAACAUGAAAUGGAAGUUAUAGAAGCAGACGGUACCUAUACUAAACGAAAUAAAAUCCAUCGUCUUCCCAUCAAUGUCGCUCAAAGAUAUUCUGUUAUUGUUACUGCAAACCAACCUGUCGAUAAUUAUAUAAUGCGUGCUGAAUUUCAAAAGAAAUGCAUGCCAGAUGCUGCAGCCAGUCUUCCUACUGUGAAAGCUACAGUGCAUUACACAGGAGCCUCCGAUGAUCCUAAACCAGAAGAUAAUCCAUGGACAGAUUCCUUGUCAGAAUGCGUUGAUCUAGAUCCCAAGACUUUACAACCACUUAAAGAAGAAAAAGUUCCCGAAGCAACGAAACAAUUUGAAUUCCAAAUUUCUUUUCAUGAGAAUGCAACAGGAGUUGUUAAAGCUUUCCUUAAUGGAUCUUCUUAUAUACCCGAUGUAAAUUUUCCGACUUUAGAUAGAGUAUUUAAAAAGAAAUUAUCUAAUGAUCCUACUGCAAAUGCCUAUAUUUUUGAUAAAGUUGGAGAAGUAGUUGAUAUGUAUUUCAUCAAUACUGACGAUGGCGAACAUCCGUUUCACAUUCAUGGAUACCAAUUUUGGGUACUUGGAACCGGAGAUGGUGAUAAAGUUGAUAAAAAUGCUUUGAAUACACUUAAUCCAAUCAAGCGUGAUACUGCAACAAUACCUGGCUUAGGGUAA